AUGGAAGGAAUUGGAAGGUUACCAGAACCGAUGAAAUUUGAGGGAAAUCUCGAUGAGAAUUUCAAGAAAUUUUAUCAAAGUUUUGAACUGUAUCUGAUAGCAACAGAAAAGGAUCAAAAAGCAGAUACAGUAAAAACAGCAUUAUUGCUAAACACUAUAGGCAGUGAAGGCAUCGAAAUAUAUAACACAUUUAGGUUAACCAGCACACAGAAAAGCGAUUAUAAGGUAGUGGUAAAUGAAUUCAAGAAAUAUUGUGCUCCAAGAAAAAACAGAACAUAUGAAAGGUUUGUGUUCAACAGUCGAAAUCAACAAGUGGAUGAACCAUUUGACAAAUUCUUCGGUGAUCUCAAAAAGUUAAUACAGUCAUGUGAGUAUGCGGACCAAGAAGACACAUUACUAGUAGAUAGAAUAAUACUAGGCACAAAUGAUUUAAAGGUUCAAGAAAAACUACUUAACAUACAAAAUGUUACAUUGGAGACUGCAGUAGAAACAUGCAGAAAUUAUGAAGCAACCAGGAGACACCUGCAGAAUGUAAGAAAUAAAGAAGAAGCUGCAGUUGAUGUUGUUAGAAGACAGAAGCGACAUAACAAACAAAAAGAAGAAAGAGGGCAAGCAAGCACUGAAGAAAAUAGCGGAAAACACUUUAAAUGCAAUAAGUGUGAUAAAGUUCAUGGAUACAGAGAAUGCGCAGCAUAUGGAAAAACAUGUUACAAGUGUGGAAAGAUGAAUCAUUUUAGUAAUGUAUGUAAAACAAAACUGAAGAAUGUGAAGGACGUCACAAAAGAUGAAGAAAGUGAGUCUGAAGAAGAUGAUCUGUAUGUAAGCAGCAUAGUCAGAGUUGGAGAGUUGUCAAAGAAGACCAAGUCAAUUUGGACGGAAAUCAUAGAAGUCAAUGGGAAAGCAUUGAAGUUCAAAAUAGAUACGGGAUCUGAAGUCAACAUAAUACCACUCGUGAUAUACAAGUCAAUAGCAGCGGAUGGAAGUCAACGGAUACGACAAACACGAACAUUACUACAAGCAUAUGGAGGAGGAAAAAUCAAGCCAAUAGGAAAAGUUAAACUUAGAUGUAAAAAUACAGAUAGGGACGAAGCAUUAGAAUUUAUUGUUGUUGAUUUAAAUGUAAAACUGAUACUCGGGUUGCCUAGUAUUCAAAAGUUAGGUUACAUUAAACACAUUAAUAACAUUCAGAUAAAUAGUGAAAAAGAAAAGUUCAUACAGUCGAAUAUUGAUAUAUUUACAGGUUUAGGUACAUUUAAAGAUACUUGUACAAUAACAUUAAAGAAAAACAGUGAACCUGUUGCUAGACCAUGUAGACGUUUAGAAAAACAAAAAAUAAUCGCUAAAGUCAAUGGUGCUAGUGAAUGGGUAAACUCCUUAGUAAUUAUAGAGAAACCAAAUAAAACCUUGCGGCUCUGUUUGGAUCCACAAGAACUGAAUAAAUGUAUUGAAAGAGAAUUUUUUGAAAUUCCUAGUUUUGAAGAAAUAAAUAGUAAACUUAGUGGAAAGAAAUACUUUUCAGUACUAGAUUUUAAGAAUGGAUUUUACCAAGUUAAAUUAGAUAGUGAAUCCAGUAAAUUUACAGUAUUUUCCACUCCAUUUGGAUGUUAUAAAUUUUUAAGAUUACCAUUUGGUAUUAAAACAGCACCAGAAAUAUUUCAAAAAAUAAAUCAAAAGAAUUUUGGAGAUAUCGACAAUGUAAUUAUAUAUUUUGAUGACUUACUAAUAGCUGCUAACAGUAAAGAAGAACACGAUAAGAUAUUACAUAAAGUUAUAGAUAGAGCUAGGGAAAUAGGCGUUAAAUUUAACAAAGAGAAAGUACAGUACAGAAAAACUGAAGUAAAAUAUAUGGGACCCAUCUUCAAUAGAGAAGGAAUGCGUAUAGAUAAGGAUAGAAUAAGAGCAAUUGAUGAGUUAAAAACCCCAACAUGUAAGAAAGAAUUACAAAGGCUGUUAGGAUUAGUUAACUAUGUAAGAAAAUUUAUACCUAAGUUAGGUGAAAUUGCAAGCCCAAUAUGUGAUCUUCUGAGAAAAGAUGUAGAGUUUCAAUGGCUGGAAGCACAUGACAAAGCGUUAAGCACUAUUAAAAGUGAAAUAAAUAAAAAUACUGUAUUAAUGAAUUUUGAUCCUACAAAACAGAUUACAAUACAAACAGAUGCUUCUUUGAAUGGUAUUGGAUGUUGUUUAAUGCAGGAAGGAAGACCUGUAGCGUAUGCUUCUAGAGGACUUAAUGAAACAGAAAAGAAAUAUGCGGUGAUAGAAAAAGAAAUGCUUAGUAUCGUAUAUGCAACUCAAAGAUUUCACAAUUAUAUAUAUGGUAGACAGAUUAAAGUUAUAACAGAUCACAAGCCGAAUGAACCUUUGGUAGCACACGAAAUACCAAAGCUGCCAUUUCAGAAAAUAGCUUCAGAUAUACUCGAAUUUGGCGGAAAGUCGUACUUAGUUAUUGUUGAUUACUUAACGAAGUGGCUCGAAAUAAUAUUACUUAGAAGUAAACAAAGUUGUGACAUUAUAGAGACAUUUAAAAAAGUAUUUGCAACGCAUGGUAUUCCAGACAUUGUCAUAGCAGACAAUAUGCCAUACUCUUCUUAUGAAUGUCAGCGCUUUGCAAAAGAGUAUGAUUUCGAAUUUCAAACAAGCAGUCCAGGAUAUCCGAAAUCCAACGGACUUGCUGAAAGAUUUGUACAAACAGCUAAGAAUAUCCUGAGGAAAUCUGAGGAUUUAAAUGGAGCACUUAUGGAAUAUCGAAAUACGCCUAUUACAAGUCUUAAAAGAUCUCCAGCAGAACUAUUAUAUCAGAGAAAAUUAAAAACGAAACUACCUGUAGUGGAGAAAGUAAAUACAAAAAUAAGAAAGUUUAGGGAUGAGCUGCAGAAUAGGAAUAAAAUAAUAAAGAAGUAUUAUGACAGACAUGCGAAACCACGAGAUGAUUUUAAAAAGGGAGAUACUAUAGUGUAUAAGAAUAAAAAGCAAUGGCAACCGGCAGUGGUAGUAAGUAAGCACAAGUCUCCGCGUUCAUACUUGAUUAAUACUGGUUCAAACAUAUUAAGAAGAAAUAGUAAUCAUCUUAAAAAAUCAGUAAUAAAACAUGAGACAAGUGACACAGAAAUACAUAAUGAGUUACCAGAAACCAGUAUCAACCAAGAGAUAAAUAAUAACAACAAUAACAUUCAGAAUGAUUCUAAUAGAGAUAAUGUUGCAAGUGAUAAUGAGGCCAAAGAUGAGAUUAGUAAGGAAAGCGCUCAGAAUGUGGCGACUAGUCUCAAGGUCAUGAAAUGCAUAAUACGGCACAAGCAUAACAUAAGACCAAUAGACCAAUAA